AUGGCCGACCCCACUCGAUCAGAAUAUGUGACUCUUGUGUCGUGUGAUGGCUUUGAGUUCAUUAUCCCUCGCAGCGCAGCCUGCAUCUCGGGUACCAUCCGGCGCAUGCUGGACCCUGCCAGUAAAUUCUCAGAAGCACUCAGCGGCCGCUGUGUACUGGAAAACCUAACUGGCAUCGUCCUGGAGAAAGUCUGCGAAUACUUCAUGUACAACGAGAAACAUAAGGAUCAGGCCAAUGUGCCUGACAUGGAGAUCCCGGCCGAGCUGUGUCUGGAGCUUUUGAUGGCUGCCGACUACCUAGACACCUGA